AUGAAAUUAAAAAAAGAAGAUAUGGCACUCGGUCUUUUUGUAACAAUUCAUCAUCACGGUGACAUACCCAGAGUUAUAAUGGCAACAAUGGCCGAAUGUUGUGAAAAAAUCAACGAUGAUGAUUCCGAUUGUAAUGCAAUACAAAUAUUUGGCGAACAUCUCGGAGUUAUUCAACCAGGUACGACUCACAACGUUACUUUUUUAUAUCCAAACAUUUAUGGUUACAAUAGAAAAGCAUCUUGUUUGGUCGAUAUUUGGAAUAAGAGAGAAGAUGUCAAUUCGGAAGAUACAAAUGAAAUACGUCAUAGAAUUGAUUUCGACACGACGAUAAGAGCACCAUCCGAAGAAGUUCCUGUGCAUUUACAAGAACUUUACACUCCUGAUAAUUCCCUGAGGUGUGAAACGACGGAUUUAGAUCCAUUUGACGGUUGUAAUCCCGUUGAUUGUAGGUUAAAAUAUUUAGGACAUAGAAAUUAUUUUAAUCAUAAGAGAAAAAGAUGUCAAAAAGUACCCAAAUGCAAAGGAGAUCCGGAUAAAGAACUUCCUGAUAUUGUUUACGUGCCGACAAGCAACACGUGUAGAAAUUUAGAAAAUACAUGUCAUCACGGAGAUGUCGAUGUUAGAACGGGAUUGUGCGUUUGCGAUAAGGGUUGGACUUCCGAACCUUACGAUCCUGAAGAAUAUAAUCAAGGUAGUUACGUUUACCACAUGUGUGAUAAAAGAUGUCAUCCCGAAGCGACUCAAAGUGUUUGGCAUUGUGCGUUGUUUUAUCCGUUAUUUUCUGUGAAUUAUGCGCUACGAACUAUUUACAUUUAA